AUGGAUCGUCAAGAAAAUCUUGGUACAGAGGUGGCUCUAGGAUCUCAAGCAACUCAAACUAUUCCUCCUGACGUCACUGAGGACCUACCUGACCAGGUCGCUCCUGGAUCUCAAGCUACUACACAGGUGGCUCUUCUUGAAGAGAAAAAGCUCGCAUACGCCUCUGAGCUCGAGCUCAUGCUUAGACAUCUACCAGGACCAACAUUCGUGACAUUUCCACAUGAGAGAAUAUUCACGACCUUUCACUUGCAUGUUCUCAACUCGAUAGUUGAAGUGGUAGUUGACUUGAUGAAUCGUGAUGUUCCACCUGAAAUCUUCUGCCUGGGAGAAACCGAAGCGGUGGUGUUUGAUGAUUGGAGCCAUGAUUGGACGUUGUUGAAGGUUGCACAGGAAAUUUUUCUUCUCAUCACGUCCCAAGAAGAAAAAUGA